CAAAUGAGGAUGCAGUGCAGUACAAGAGGUGUAGUCAGUGCUGACAGUUAACAGCAACACACACACACACACACACAAUCACAACUCACACACACACACAGCAAAAGCCACUUCAACACCAGGGCAAAUGGCCAGUGUGAACCACACAUCAGAGCAGGAGGCAGAGCUGAGUGAACCCAUCAAAUUCCUCAGUAAAGUGGAAGCAAAUGCCAUGGAAAAGGAACUCUUCGAAGAUUACAGAUUUGGACAACAGCAGCUCAUUGAGAUUUACGGACACAGCUGCGCGAUGGCAAUGGCAAAGGUUUACCCUCUGAGUUCCCUCCACAAGAAGCAGCCCACGGUGUUGGUGAUCUGUGGGCCCGAACAGAACGGCGCCAUUGGGCUGGUGUGUGCCAGACACCUGCGCAUCUUUGAAUACGAACCGACAAUCUUUUACCCGAAGCGCUCCUGUAACCCACUCUACCUGGACAUCACUAUCCAGUGUGAGAAGAUGGAUAUCCCAUUCCUCUCCUACCUUCCAACAGAGGUCCAGCUGAUAAACGACGCGUAUAACAUCAUCGUGGACGCUAUGUUGGGUUUGUCAGACAAGAUAGAGCUGAAGGAACCUUUCUCUGGCAUCCUUACAACCCUCAAACAAGUGAAAAUCCCUAUGAUCAGCGUGGAUGUGCCAUCAGGGUGGGAUGCGGAGAAUGGGACCACGGAUGGCAUUAACCCAGAGGUCCUGAUAUCCCUGGCAGCGCCCAAGAAGUGUGCCACGCACUUUUCUGGAAAGUUCCACCUCCUGGCCGGGAGAAACUUGCCUUACGACCUGCAGAAGAAGUACGAGCUCAACCUCCCCGAUUACCCAGGAAACGACUGCGUGGUGCAGCUCUGAGAAGGAGCCAGCCAAAAGAAAAGGGGAUUAGAGGACUUUCCCAAAUCAGGCCGGGCGAAGCCACGUCAGGAUAAAUACGUGGCAACGGCCCCCUGUGGGAGACACAUUGAUCGCGUUUUGUGGAACUCUCUUUUUAAUUAAAAAAAAGUGGAAAGUGUAUCUCCUCGCUAAGGAGUCACAUUUUACAUGGCUCCAAUUCAGUUCUGUCCAGUUCAGUUCCGUUUAGUUUGCCCUGAAGCUCUCUGUGUGUGUGUGUGUGUGUGUGUGUUGUGGCCGCUUCUCUCUCUCUCUCUGUACUCUCUAAACGUUUUAUAAUAUUCGCAAAAGGACGCUGUUAGCAGGCUGGGAAUGACCUUUAUGCUGCUGCUGGAAGGACGAAUCCCAACAAGUUGGGCCGUUCCGGCGAUUCCUCCUGAUAUUACCCGCCGGGUCACAACAAAGCCCGACCAGCAACCGGAGUUGAGUUGAGAUAGGGACGCUCCUCAGAAAGCAUUGUUGUUUUGUUUCCGCGGGUAAUAACCCCUUCAAAAAAAUAUAUAAU